AACAAGAUUUGCCAACCAACUAGCUCUCCUUGUCUGUCUCUCAGUUCCAGUUCCGAGGUGACUCAGCUGAGGCCAAUGAGUCAGGAAUCGUUCAUAUACAGCUUCGUGGCCAGAGGCAUAAUGAUCUUGGCCGAGUACACCGAGUUCACCGGAAACUUCCCGGCGAUUGCAGCUCAGUGCCUUCAGAGACUGCCCUCCACCAACAACAAGUUCACUUACAACUGCGAUCACCACACCUUCAAUUUUCUAGUUGAAGAUGGCUACGCGUACUGUGUGGUUGCGAAGGACUCAGUUGGCAAACAGAUAUCUAUAGCAUUUCUAGAACGAGUGAAGGCCGACUUUAGGAAAAGAUAUGGGGGUGGUAAAGCAGAUACAGCUAUCGCUAAAAGUCUUAACAAGGAAUUUGGACCAAUAAUGAAAGAGCACAUGAAGUAUAUAAUUGAUCACGCAGAAGAGAUUGAAAAGCUAUUGAAAGUGAAGGCGCAAGUUUCAGAAGUCAAAAGCAUAAUGUUAGAGAAUAUUGACAAGGCUAUUGAUAGAGGGGAAAACCUUACUGUUCUUGUUGACAAGACUGAAACCCUUCGUUCUCAGGCCCAAGAUUACAAAAAUAAAGGGACACAAAUGAGAAGGAAGCUGUGGUACCAAAACAUGAAAAUAAAGUUGGUGGUUUUUGGAAUCUUGUUACUUCUGAUCUUGGUUAUCUGGCUUUCUAUUUGUCAUGGAUUUGACUGCACAAACUAG